AAUCGAUUUAUUAACGCCUUAGCUCUAAUAGUUUCUGCAGUUUUUUAUUGGGUAUAUCGAGUAUCUUCUCCUUUAUUAAGGAGAUUACGACACCAAAAAACUCCGGAAGAACAAAUUAGAGAUGAACUCGCGGUAGCAGAAAAUUAUGAGGAAUGGGUCGAAAAGGCAAAAGAACUGGAUGUUCUUUUAGACAAUGAUGAAUGGAAAUUGGAUCCUGCAUCUCCAUAUUAUGACUAUAACCUUAUUCAGAGCAGAUUAGGUCAUCUUAAACUAGUUAGGGACAAGAAUGAUAUUUCAUCAAUGAUCUAUAUGUUGAGAACAGGCCUUUUACGGAGCUUAGGAGGUUUGAAUGAUCCUCGGUUGUUCAGUCAAUCAUAUUUAGGAACAAAGAAGUUGAUCGAAGAUUAUACGGAAGAGGUUGCAACUCAACUUGAAUAUAUUAAUCAGUCAGAUUUUUCGGAUAUUUCUCAUACUUCUAAGCUCGAUUUCUUUAAUGAUACUCGUCAAAGUUUUGGUUGUACUGCUUUAGUCCUUUACGGUGGUGCAUCUUUUGGGCUUUACCAUCUUGGAGUUGUGAAAGCACUUCAUGAAAAUGGAUUGUUACCAAGGGUUAUAUGUGGUACUGCAGUUGGUGCUUUUAUAGCUGCUCUUGUGUGCGUUCAUACUGAUGAGGAAUUACCAAAAAUCUUUCAACCUGGUGGAAUUGAUUUAGGAGCUUUUACCAAAGUUGGAAGUAAAGGCAACAUUCACAGAAAAAUCACACGAUUCCUCAAGCAUGGUUAUUUGUUAGACAUCAAAGUUUUGGAAGACUGUGUUCUUAAAAAUGUUGGAGAUCUAACCUUUGAAGAAGCAUACGAGAAAUCAAAACGAGUUCUCAAUAUUACAGUUUCAUCCACAAGGAAAUUUGAAGUUCCUCAGUUGCUAAACUAUUUGACCGCGCCCAAUGUUUUAAUAUCAAGUGCUGCUUGCGCUUCGGUUGCCAUAAUGGGUCUCUACGAUAGUUACGAUUUGAUAGCAAAAGAUAAAACUGGCAAACAAAUUCCAUGGGCCACUGAUAUCAAAUUUAAGAAAUGGACAGAUGCGGCUCCAUCUGAAAGUGACUCUCCAUUAACAAGACUUUCAGAAUUAUUCAAUGUUAAUCAUUUUAUUGUAUCUCAAGCAAAUCCUUGUAUUGUUCCAUUCAUGUCCCGAGAGCAAACAACGCGAACAAAUUUUUUGGUAAAAUGUGGAUAUUUUCUAUCAACUGAGAUUAAACACCGAAUAUUUCAGCUUGAGCAAAUGCGAGUUCUACCACGAAGACUUCGUGGAAUUGUUGAUGAAAAAGUGUCAGGGGACAUUACUAUCGUGCCCUCUAUUUCCAUUGCAGAUUUUAAAACCUUGUUUUCUAGCCCAACUCACGAAUCAUUGGAUUAUUGGAUACUAAAAGGAGAACAGUCUACAUGGCCUUUAUUGGCAUUGAUAAAGAAUCGAUGUAAUAUAGAAUUGGUUCUUGAUAGAGCGUAUUUUAAAUUGAAAUCUAAUCCGGUUGAACGAACUAGUUAUUAUUACAAUGCUAAAAAUAAUGGAGCACGAAAACGUACUAAAUCUCUUCAUUAA